GGGGGCAGCCGGGCAGUCAUUCCCUUCCCUUUCUCUGAGCAAUCCAGCGAUGGGUGAGGCUGACUAGCUGAGCAGGUCGGGCGGCCGGCCCUGAAGAGAUGCCCGUGCCCCGGUCCCGGUCUUUCCACUUGCAGCUAGCUAGCAGCGGCAGCACCUACCCUAGGUACCCCACCCGGCCCAGUCCAUGGCGCGCGGGCGGUCCCCUCCGCCUCCGCGGCACCACGCCACACGCCCCGAGAACCAAUCACGUCGUCCGCCUGCCUGGCUCCUCACCCCCGCCCGGUCUUUUAAGCCCACCACGCCCACUUGCAGCAGCAGCACCACCACGCCACCCCACCGUGUUCCCCAUAUCGUCCAGUUGCCGUAGUUUUACGCGAGAACGCACGCGCGCAUCUGCCAAAACAAACAAACCCACGUCCCGGCCACCGCGCGCGCGCGUGCCUCGUCGUCGUCCUAGCUAGCUAGCUCGAUCGAUCCUCCCUCGCUCAGCUGCCGUCGACCUCUCUCUCGCGGAGAGAGAGAUAGAGAGAGGUUGGGGUUUGUCGGCACUCGGCAAUCGACAUCAUGAGGCGCUUCCUGCCUGCUGGAGGCGGCGGCGGCGGCGGGGAGCCGUCGUCCUCCUCGUCGUCGGGCGGGCACCAGCACCACCAGCACGGCGGGCUCGCAUCGGGCGAGAGGGCGGCGGCGGGCCUGCGGUACCGAGGAGGCGCCGACAUAUCGCUGGGGCACGGGCACGACGAUGGUGGACAUGGUCGUAGCAUCGACGCGGCGGACAGGCGGAACGACGGGUCCAUGGACAUGCUGGCGCGGCACAGCAGCUCGCCGGUCGGCUUCUUCUCCAACCUCGUGGUGGACAACGGGUAUCCACGCUCAAAUAAAGCCGGAGGCGGUGGUGGCGUCGAAGGUCAGCAGCAUGAUCCAUCAACGGCCGCCAAUGCCAGUGGCAGCAGUGCCCGGAAGAUGAAGACGCCCGAGUUCAACUUCACCGGUGCGCAGCAGGGCCAGCAGCUGGGCGCGGCCGCGGGCCACCUCUCGCGGAUCUCCGAGGACGGCGCCUUCCCGGGCGGCAUGAUGGGCGACCGCGCGGGCCGCGGCUCUGCUGGCGAGAGCAGCGGUGCCGCCGCGGCGGCGCGCUCGUACUCGGCCGGCGGGUUCUCCAUCGUUGGGCCGUGGGAGGAGUCCAGGGACAUCAUUACCACCCUCGGCGCAUACGACCCUCAGUUUAGCGGCGCCAUGGCGGGUACGGCGCUAGAGAUGGCGGGCAUGGACAGGUACGUGCAGCUGCAGCAAGACCAGGUGCCGUUCAAAGUGCGCGCCAAGCGCGGGUGCGCCACGCACCCCAGGAGCAUCGCCGAGAGGGAGAGGAGGACGAGGAUCAGCGAGAAGCUCAGGAAGCUCCAGGACCUCGUGCCCAACAUGGACAAGCAAACGAGCACCGCGGACAUGUUGGACCUUGCAGUUGAGCACAUCAGGGGCCUGCAGAGCGAGCUGCAGGCUCUGAAACACGAACAGGAGAAGUGUACCUGCUGCCGAAAGCGAUAGCGAUUCACGACGGCCGGGGGAUCGGACCAAGAGAGCAGAAACACGUACGUCGUCUAUCAUAUCUGUAGCGGUUCAUAGUUGAUACGUGCCCUUACCUUCAGUGUCCUUGAUGAGAGGAAUGUACAUGGAUGAAGACAUGACAGACAGCCAUCUAAUUUUAGUUACAACAACAUGUCGGAUUACCUACUGCUCCACCUUUUCCGAAGACCGAAGCAACGAAGACCCAUGUGAGCAACUAGCUAGCCAGUAGCCAGUGCAGUGCAGUGCUAAAAUGGGCGGCCCUCCUAGUCUGAUCCGAUGAUCCUUGGAUUUCUUCUGUUCCUGCUUGAUGUUCAACUCCAAUUUUAGAUCUCUUUUAGGAUCUGAAAACAGUUUUGCUAUUUAUUUAAACAAGCUGCUUAAUUUUAUUUUGAUAUUUAGUAUAAUUAAUAUUUGUUGACUGACGUCAGAAGAAGAGGCUCCUUUUUUUUUUCUUUUGUAUAAGGUAAAAGAAAGGGCUUUUAGGCUUUUAUACAGAUAUAAAGGCUUUGGUGAUGUUUUUGUAUAUAUUUCUUAAACUUAUAAUUGUUUCAAUAGGCAUUAUAAUAGAUCUGUAUUAUUUCAGAAGAGGGUA